CUUUCUGUCUUUCAUGUUUGCUGUUUUUUUUCGCAGUUCUGCUACACUAACCUAAGCUAAGCUACUAAAAUUCACUUACUGAUGCUGAAAAACACACUUUAGUGAUUUUCUACAGCAUUACAGCUUAUUUUAGUACAAUUAGUAUGCACUGCAGAGUAAUAUCUCAAAGAGAGUUGAGAGAAUGACAGCAGUGAGCUCAAGCAGGGGAACCAGUUUGAUAAACAUCAGAAUGACUGGAAUGAUUGAAACUGUCUUCUCUCUCCAGCACUUUUGUAAUGAAUAUUGAACAUUUAAUAAAUCAAAUAUGAAGGGAAAACAUUAACAAAACAAUCAUCAAAAAUAAAACAAAGUUCAAUUCUGUUCUGCCAGUCAGUAUAAUGGAGGACCCGGAGCCUCUGUUGGCUGUUAGGUCGGAGGAGAGGAGGCUCAACGGCCACUGCAGAUGGAGCUCUCAGAUGAAGGUGGUGGAGGAUUUUAGACGGAGGCUGAAGUACUUCUUCAUGAGCCCCUGUGAGAAAUACAAGGCCAGGGGUCGCAAACCAUGGAAACUGAUGCUACAAAUAUUAAAAAUUGUAAUCAUCACAGCCCAGUUAGUCUCAUUUGGACUGAGCAACGAAAUGAUGGUCACCUUCAAAGAUGAAAAUCUGAUGACAUUUAGACAUCUGUUUCUCAAAGGAUACAAAGAUCAGCCGUUGGGAAGCUACGCGCUGUACACAAAAACAGAUGUUUAUGAUCACAUCUACUACAUUAUCAACAGGUACAUCAAUCUCCAAAAUCUGACAGUAGGUAAUCUUGCAUAUGAGAAGGUUGAUGGCGAGUACACUCCUCUGUCUGUCUGCCAAGAGUUUUACAGAAACAGCAGCAUCGAUCCUGGCAAUGAGACCUUUGACAUAGAUCCACAUAUUGAUAGAGAUUGCAUUUCCAUAUACCCUGAGCUGUCCUUACGCAACAGUGGUUUGGCGACACGCGUGAACUUCUCAUUAGAUUUCAAAAGGCUGCUAUCAGUGAACAUCUACCUUACUCUGAAAACCAUCAAUCUGCAGACUGUGAGGCACCAUGAGCUACCAGACUGUUAUGUCUUCCAUAUAAUGAUAAUGUUUGACAACCGUGCAGACAGUGGAAAGAUUAAAGUGGAUAUUGAAAAUGAUGUUGUAAUUUAUGAGUGCAGAGACUGGAACGUGGAAGGAACCUCCGGGAAGAACGACUACCUGCUCUUGUUGCUUGAUUCUGUGGUCAUCCUUGCCUGCUUCACCUCUCUCAUCCUCUGCACGCGAUCUGUCAUCAAUGGCAUCCAACUACAGUUUGAGUUCAACAUAUUCUUUCAUGCCUACUAUAAUAAAAUUGUGACCUGGUCAGACCGUAUGGAGUUUGUGAACGGGUGGUAUUUCCUCAUCAUUGUCAGUGACACACUGACCAUCGCUGGGUCAGCACUCAAAAUUGGAAUACAAACAAAGUACCUGACAAACUAUGAUGUCUGCAGUAUUUUGCUGGGAACAGCCACGAUGCUAGUCUGGGUCGGAGUGAUUCGAUACCUUGGUUUCUUCAAGAAAUACAAUAUCUUGAUAUUAACCUUAAGGGCAGCACUCCCAAAUGUGAUCCGAUUCUGCUGCUGUGCGGCUAUGAUCUACCUCGGGUAUUGUUUCUGUGGUUGGAUUGUGCUUGGGCCUUACCAUGACAAAUUCCGAACACUUGACAAGGUGACAGAGUGCCUCUUCUCGCUCAUCAAUGGGGACGACAUGUACGGCACCUUCCUGAAGAUAAGAUACAAGGGCUACAUGGUGUGGCUAUUCAGCAGACUCUACCUCUAUUCCUUCAUCUCUCUCUUCAUCUACAUGGUGCUCAGCCUGUUCAUCGCUCUCAUUACCGACACCUACGAGACCAUCAAGCAUCACCAGCAAGACAAAGCACCGGUGUCCCAGCUUCAGGCCUUCAUAGCAGAGUGCAGGGAUGAGCCGGAGUCUGGAAGAUACCUGACUGAUGAGGAACCAGCUUCUUGUUGCCUCUCUUCUUGCUGCUUGCCUGGAUGCAGUGAGAAGAUGUAGUUCAAGUUCUACCUUUUGCAAAGUGUUGGCAAAGAGGCAGCAUGAGGCUGAAUAAAGCCCAACAGACUCCUGACUUAUGUUAAUGGAUGAUAAUUACUCAAGUACUGUUACUUGAUGUUUACU